AUGGUCCUCCAAGAUUUAGGACGGCGCAUUCACUCCGCCGUUAAUGACUUGGCGCGGUCUGACAACCUUGAUGAAAAGGCAUUCGAUGACAUGCUCAAGGAGAUCUGCGCUGCUCUCCUCGCCGCCGAUGUAAACGUCAAACUCGUGCAGACCCUUCGCAAGUCGAUCAAAAGUAGCGUCAACUUCGCCAACCUCCCUCCCGCCGUCAACAAGAAGCGAUUGAUCCAGAAGACUGUUUUCGAUGAGCUGGUAGCCUUGGUUGAUCCCCACUCGGACUCUUUCCGUCCAAAGAAGGGCCGGCCCAAUGUUAUCAUGUUCGUUGGUCUUCAGGGUGCUGGUAAAACUACCACCUGUACCAAACUAGCCCGUCACUACCAGAUGCGCGGCUUCAAGACGGCUUUGGUUUGCGCUGACACCUUCCGUGCCGGUGCUUUCGACCAGCUGAAGCAGAACGCAACUAAGGCCAAGAUUCCGUACUACGGUAGCUUGACUCAGACAGAUCCUGCCGUCGUGGCUGCGGAGGGUGUGGCCAAGUUCAAGAAAGAGCGCUUUGAUAUCAUUAUUGUGGAUACCAGUGGUCGUCACCGUCAAGAGGAGGAAUUGUUCAAUGAGAUGAUCCAGAUUCAAGAGGCUGUGACCCCGGAUCAGACCAUCCUCGUCCUCGACAGCACCAUUGGUCAGGCUGCCGAGGCCCAGUCCUCUGCUUUCAAGGCAUCUGCCAACUUCGGUGCUAUCAUUAUCACCAAGACCGAUGGCCAUGCAGCAGGAGGUGGUGCUAUUUCGGCCGUCGCGGCAACACACACUCCCAUUAUCUUCCUGGGAACCGGUGAGCACAUGAUGGAUCUUGAACGUUUCGAACCUCGCGCUUUUGUCCAGAAGCUUCUGGGCAUGGGUGAUGUAGCUGGGUUAUUUGAGCACGUGCAAGCCGUCACCCAGGAGUCUGCUUCGGCCAAGGAAACCUACAAGCACAUUGCGGAAGGCAUCUAUACCAUUCGGGAUUUCCGUGAAAACAUCACGUCUAUCAUGAAGAUGGGGCCUUUGUCCAAACUGUCCGGCAUGAUCCCAGGUCUUUCAAAUCUGACGCAGGGACUCGAUGACGAGGACGGAUCAAUGAAGCUCCGCCGGAUGAUAUACAUCUUCGACAGCAUGACAGUUGCCGAAUUGGACAGUGACGGCAAAGUUUUUGUUGAGCAGCCCAGCCGUAUGGUCCGUAUCGCGCACGGAAGCGGUACUACUGUGCGCGAGGUUGAGGACUUGCUUUCCCAGCAUCGCAUGAUGGCCGGUAUGGCCAAACGGGUCGGUGGCCAGAAGAAGCAAAUGGAGCGUGCGCAGAACAUGAUGAAGGGCGGAAACAAGAAUCAGCAGAUGGCUGCCAUGCAAAAGCGGAUGCAGGCCAUGGGAGGUGCCGGUGGCAUGCCUGGAAUGGGUGGCAUGGGUGGUAUGCCCGGAAUGGGUGAUAUCCAGAAGAUGAUGCAGAUGAUGGGUGGAGGAGGAGGGGGUGGUGGUGGGAUGCCUGGUAUGCCAGAUCUCGGAAACAUGGACUUGCAGAGCAUGAUGAGCCAGAUGAGCGGGCUGAUGGGCGGAAUGGGCGGUGGACGUGGUCGGGGC